AAAUCAAAAGAGUUAAAAAAAACUGAAAAAGGAAAAUAAAUAAUAAAAGAACCCUAAAAAAUCGACCUCCCCUCGUUUUCCCACUAAAACAAAAAAAAAGGGCUACUUCUUCAUAUUGUUCUGGUUCUUUUCUUUUUGCGUUGUCUGAAAAGAUAAGCAGAUUAAAAAAAAAAAUCCUUUUGUUGAGAAGGUAGGGUUUGGUCCAGAAAUGGAAGCUUUUGACAUGGCGGCUUCCUUUGACGAAAACUUAUUGGACUUUGGCUCCGACGUCGGAGAGGAAGAUGAAGAUGAAGAAAACAACAAGUCUUCAAAGCUUAACACUUCUUCUUCUCUUAACGCUAACCGUUCUUUUCCUGAAUUUGCAGAGGAAGAACUGGAAUGGAUAUCAAACAAGGAUGCAUUUCCAUCCGUGGAAACAUUCGUCGAUAUUUUAGGGACCGCGGCGAAGCACCAGAGCCCGGUGUCAGUACUGGAUAACAGCAAUAGCAGCAGCAACAGUUCCGGUAGCUCAACCUUAACCAAUGGAAACAUUGUAAUGUAUUGUUGUGGCAAUCUUAAAGUGCCCGUUAAAGCGCGUUCUAAGCGUCUGCGCAAAUGUCGGGACUUGAGAAACCAGGAAAACAGCUGGUGGGUUCAGGAGAAUGUGAAGAAUGCCAGUGCCCAUGUGAAGGGGGCGGGUUCGAGGACUAUUGGAAGGAAAUGCCAGCAUUGUGGGGCGGAAAAGACACCGCAAUGGAGGGCAGGGCCACUUGGACCUAAAACGCUUUGCAAUGCUUGUGGAGUGAGGUAUAAGUCCGGGCGGUUGGUACCUGAGUAUCGUCCAGCAAGUAGUCCUACGUUUUCGAUUGAGUUGCACUCGAAUUCCCACCGGAAGAUAUUAGAGAUGAGGAGGCAGAAGCAGUUUGGGUUUUCUGCAAUGAAGCCUAUGGAUAAAGGGUAGUGUUCUGGUGAGCUGAGCACUGCAUUUUUUUUUCCUUUCUUUCUUUCUAUAUAUUUUUUUUAAAUUUUGUUGUUUAUUUUUAUUUUUAAGUUAGUGUAGUUACUGUAGGAGUGAAUUAGGAGUUUGGUUGUAAUGGGGCUAGAUUGGAUUAGUGAAAGUUACUAUUUUUAUUUUGAUUUUUGUUUUUGAUGAAGUUGAAAAUCCUUUACGGAAAUUUUGACUUUAGUGUGUUUUGGUUGGUUGGAUGAUGUUUUUCCAAAUGAAAAAAGGAAUAGUGUUUAAUUGGUUUUUGUCCAAUUCUUGAACCAUUUUGGUUUUUGGUUUUGGUCAAAAUGUGGAUUGCAAGAACGAGGGUUUUGGUUGAUUUUUGUAUUUGGGUUGUAAUACACUCAGGUUUGAAUAUUUUGAGCUAACUUAUUUGUUAUGGAUAGUGAGAGAGUUGCCGUUGGUGAGCUCUAGCCUCGGUUCGUUUUCUUGAAUGUA